AUGCUUUUCCUCCCAGCUGCUGCUCUGUGCUGUCUGUGUUCAGCACUGGUUACCAUGGCAGCACAACUGAUUCAGGACGAUUUAACAUUGACCAGGAGAGUUGGAGAAAGUGUCUCCUUCAGCUGUGGAGAUGAUGAAUGUGACUAUACUGGUUUGAUCUGGUACCAGAAGAAAGACGCUGAACCAUUUAGGCUAGUUCUUGUCGUGGAUACUGAUGAUGGUAGAGUUGAGUCAAGUUCUAAUCAUUCCCAGAAAGAUGAUUUUUCAGUUGAGAUUAAACAGAACAGAUACCAGUUGAAGAUAGAGAAAGUUAAACUUGAGCAUUCGGCCACUUAUUACUGUGCCUGUUGGAAGGACGCACCCCACAGCUAUGAUUACGACAUCUUCGGCUCUGGAACUAAACUGUAUGUAACAGAUGAGCAGGUAGUGAAGCCCGUGGUGAGCGUGUACCCAGCAGCAUCCAGAGCCCACCUGGAGGGGAACAGCUCCCUGCUGUGUGUGGCCUCAGCCAUGUUUCCUCCUCUGGUCCAGUUCUCCUGGAAAAGACAGAAGAAGAACGGCGGAGAAGCGGAGGAGCUGCCCCCUGCUGAGGGAGAGCAGCUGGAGCUCAGAGAGUCGGGAUACAGCGCCUCCAUUUUAGUGGUUAAUCGGGAUGAUCCCUUCACAUACAUGUACAGCUGUCAUGUCAGACAUCAGGGGGGCACAGUGGAGGCCCAAACACGACAUGAGCUCCUCUCUUAUGUUCUCCAGUCUCAGUGCAGGGUGAAGCUGCUCUGCCUGCUGUACACAGUGCUGAUAGUGAAGAGUCUGGUGUACUGCUGUGGACUCUCUCUGCUGAUGAUCCUCACAAACAAGGGACCGUCCACCAACUGCACACAUGCUGACUGUUUUCUGAUUGGCAUUUUUCACACUCAGAUUUCCCCAAGUGAGCAGGCAGAAAUGUAA